CAAAUGGCAAAAGAAGUUUCUGUAGACUUUAUAAAGAAUGAAACAUUUCUGAAAAAUUCUUGAAUCAUUUUCUAAAACGCGACAUUCUUUCUGCGACUUUUCAGGAAGAGAGAUUUUGGAAACCAGACAACGAGGCUGAAUACGAACCAGAAGAAGAAUCUCGAUGAUGAUCUUGUCCUCCUAGCUUUAAUAAUCAUCCCUGGUUGGUCCUCACAAGAAUAAAUAAUCCUCUGUUUUGGUCCUCUGUUUUGUCUCUGUUUUGUUCUAAUCCUCUGUUUUCGUCCUCUGUUUCGUCUCUGUUUUUUUCACCAUUCUUUGCUGGUAAUUCGUUACGAUCUCUCUUUCGUCUUUUUUUUACGCAAAUCUCGAUAUAUCUCAUUGAUUUCACCAAACCCUUGUCUCCAAAUCUCAUUAUUUCAAUUUUCAUUCCCAAAAACAAAAAGAAAAUCUCUUUUUUUUAAAAAAAAAAAUCUGUUUUAACGAUUAUCAUGGGCUGUGCGAGCUCGAAGCACCACCGUAAGAAAUGCAUCCAUUGCCGGAGAGGAUAUUCUCCGGUAGACAUUCAGCGAAGCAAAUCUGUGCGCCACCCAUCGCAACGCUCCGACGAUAGCCCCCACAUGGUCCCUCUCAGCUCCUCCAGCUUCGGAUCUCUCAAGCUCUGCGACUACUCUUUCGGACAAGACCACAAAGACUUGCUAGACUUCAGCGGGAAGCUUGUCGCCGACCAAACGGGAGAUGGGUUUGGUCCUAAGGAAGUCAGAGAGAGGCCAGACAAGGAGAGGUCGAGUUUGGAAAUGCAGGCUAAGCUCAUGGAAGCUAAAGUAUGGUCAAGUAUGAUGAGCGGGAAGAUCCCCAAGAUUGUGCCCAAGACUCCUAUCUUGACGCCUCCGGGAGAGCCGGAGACGAUCAAUACUUGGGAGAUGAUGGAUGGGCUUGAAGAUGGACUUCGUUCACCAAACCACGUUAGCAGCUUCUCCUUUGAACUUGCUCGUGGUGGUGAUUGUGAACGUACAAAGUCGAAUUGUGAUCUAAAGCCAUUGUGGCUUCAGAUGGAGGAGGAAGAAGGGCUCGACGAUUUCGAUCCAGAGAUCAUUUCUUCGUUCAGGAAGUCUCUCCAAGAACUCCCUUCUAAUCAUCCUUUCCACAUUUCGGUUCAUGAUUUGAAACUAAACCCACAGUUUGAGUUCUCUGAUGAAGAAGAUGAAGAGGAGGAAGCUGUUGGUAAAGACAAAGUGAUACUCUACUUCACAAGCCUUAGAGGUAUAAGGAAGACAUAUGAAGAAAGCUGUGAUGUUAGAGUUAUACUGAAAAGCCUUGGGAUUAGAGUGGAUGAGCGAGAUGUAUCGAUGCAUUCGGGUUUUAAAGAUGAGCUGAAGGAGCUGCUAGGUGAUAAAUUUAGCAAUGGUGUUGGGAUCACAUUGCCUAGAGUUUUCUUGGGGAGGAAGUAUCUCGGAGGAGCUGAGGAGAUUAGGAAGUUGAAUGAAGAUGGGAAGCUUGAGAAGCUUCUACAAGGAUGCGAGAGGGUGGAAGAAAACAGAGAUGGUAAUGGGGUAGAAUGUGAGGCUUGUGGAGAUGUAAGGUUUGUGCCUUGUGAGACGUGUUCAGGGAGUUGCAAAGUGUACUAUGAAGAUGAAGAUGAAGAUGAAGAAGAUGAUGAUGAUGAGAGUGUAAAGGAAGGAAGAGAGUAUGGGUUUCAAACAUGUCCUGAUUGCAAUGAGAAUGGACUCAUUAGAUGUCCUCUUUGUUGUGUUUGAACAUACACAAAAAGGGAAAAGAUUAACUCUUGUUUUUGUUUGUUUACUACAUUGGAGUUUUGAGUCGCUUGUGGGUUUUCUUGCCUCUACAGAUUUUGUUGUAC